ACCCCCUGCCCCAGGAUGGAGCCUCCAGCCCCUCUCCCGAGGAGACUGAAUGCAGACGUGCCCUGAGGUCACUGCGGGUGCCUGGGAGAGCAGGACAGAUCCCAGCACAUCUCCCCAAAACACAUCCCAGCCCCCGGAGAAGGAAAAGGGUUAAACUGGAGUCUGCCUGAAAGACAUCCCAUCGCAGGAGCAUCAGCUCGAGGUGCUGCUCACGUGCUUGCACCCUCUGCCUCCCUGCCUCCAGCCACCUCGCUGGGAUUUUCCCCACCUUCCUCCAGCUACUUGGGACCAGUCUGGGGCUAGAAGGGACUUAGGAGCAUGGGGGCAGUGGGGGAAUGCUGUGACAGUUGAAAAAUGAGCCACCAGGCAGUGAAAGAAGUUUCUGAAAAGAGAAGAGGAAUCUGCCUUGAAUGAAGAGGAUUUUAGCACCUUGGGCUAAGCCAAUAAACCUCUGCCGUCUCCAUCCGAACGGGAAUUGUUUGCACACGCUCCCGGAGCUGCUUAAAGCAGGCAAGACACAAAGAGAGAAUAGGAUCAAGCAUGGUGGGGGCAGAAACCCCCCUGCCUGGAGAGCCUGUGAGCAGAUCCCUCUAGGGAUCCCACAGGGACAGGGAACUCACCCGGCCCUGAUCUCCCAGGGACGGGCUGUGCCCCCACUGCCACCUCACCUCAGUGGGGCUGGCAGCCAGGAAGGUGCUCCCAGAAGAUGCUCUGUCCUGCUGAACACGCCAGCCCUCUCCACCACUGGCAGCGAUUCUGGUCCCUGAAGUCCCCAUCCGAGUGACACGGUGGCACCAUGGAGUCAUCGGGCCUUGUGGGAGGUAUCGUGGUGACUCUCCUCUGCUGCUGCCUCCUGAGCUCGGCGUGGGCUCUGGUUGAUCCCGAUGAUGUUCUCACGAAAGAAGAGCAGAUCUAUCUCCUGGUGGAGGCCAAGCAAAAGUGUCAGAGGGACAUAAAGGCCCAGCUGGAGAAGAUUAAAGACCCCAGCUGCCCUCCGGAGUGGGAUGGGAUCAUCUGCUGGCCAAGGGGCUCCCCCAGCCAGGAGGUGUCAGUGCCUUGCCCCGACUACAUCUACGACUUCAACCACAAAGGUCAUGCUUACAGGUACUGCAGUGCCUAUGGGACCUGGGCCAUGGCUCUCAGCAUCAACAAGACCUGGGCCAACUACACGGAGUGUGCCCUGCUCUUCUCCUCCGAGAGCCGGAGCCACCAGAAGGAGGUGUUUGACCGCCUGCACCUCAUGUACACCGUGGGCUACUCCAUCUCCCUGGCCUCCCUCAUCGUCGCUGUCUGCAUCCUCUCCUACUUCAAGCGCCUGCACUGCACACGGAAUUACAUCCACGUGCACCUCUUCACCUCCUUCAUCUGCCGGGCCCUCAGCAUCUUCCUGAAGGACAUGGUGCUCUACUCGGGCACGGCGCCCAGCGACGCCGACAGGAUGCGGGAGGACGAUUUCAGGGGUCCCUUGCCAGGACAACGGGGCCACCUGGUUGGCUGCAAGGUGGUGGUGACUCUCUUCCUCUAUUUUCUGGCCACCAACCACUACUGGAUCUUGGUGGAAGGUCUCUACCUGCACAGCCUGAUCUUCAUGGCCUUCCUCUCCAACAAGAACUACCUGUGGGUCCUCAUCAUCAUCGGCUGGGGUCUCCCUGCUGUGUUUGUGUCCAUCUGGGCCAGCGUCAGGGCCUCGCUGGCAGAUACACAGUGCUGGGACCUCAGUGCGGGGAACAUGAAAUGGAUUUAUCAGGUCCCUAUCCUGGCUUCAGUCGUGGUGAACUUCUUCCUCUUCCUCAACAUCGUCCGGGUGUUGGCCUCCAAGCUCUGGGAGACCACCACGGGCAAGCUGGACCCCCGGCAGCAGUACAGGCAACUGCUCAAGUCCACGCUGGUGCUGAUGCCGCUUUUCGGAGUCCACUACGUGGUGUUCAUGGCCAUGCCCUACACCGAGGUCUCCGGGCUCCUGUGGCAGAUCCAGAUGCACUACGAGAUGCUCUUUAACUCCUCCCAGGGUUUCUUUGUGGCUUUUAUCUACUGCUUUUGCAAUGGGGAGGUGCAGGCCGAGAUCAAGAAGGCUCAUUUCCGCAGGCUCCUGGCGCUGCACUUGGGGCAGCAGGCGCGCCCCGGGAGCUGCUGCUGCGCCGGGAGGGGCUCCCAGGCCCCCCAAAGCUGCAGCACCAGCCUGGCAGGGCGGGGAGCGGGGGGCACCCGGGGGCUGCUGCUCCCAGCCCGGCCCCACCUGCCCGGCUACAUCCCCGGCUCCGGCGCCUCGGACCAGCUCCUGCCCUGCCCCGUGCAGGAACCGAGCCAGAAAGCCCAGGGGGAAAACACGGUGGAUCUGACAGAGCUGACUCAGUGUCACCCCAAGCCCAAUAAGGAGCUGGAGACGGUGCUGUGAAGCGGAGGGUGGGUUUCCCACAUGAGCACGCAGAUGUGCCUGAAGAGAUGCUGAUCCUCACGCUUCGGGCUCUGCUUACACUUGCACGGAGAGCCAGGGCUGGGACAGCAGCUGGAACAACGCAGCUCCCUUUCCAUCAGAGCCAGGGUGCAAAAGGAACCACGUACUCUCGCUCCUCCUCCACCCCGGCCCAAAAACAAGCCAUAAAACCUCACUCUCCUCCACGUGCAAGUGACUGAUGUGAUCUCUGUGCUUGCAAAGCCUUGAGUCUUCACCAGGAAACGCCGCCUGCUCGCUCCGACCCCACAAGUGGGAGUGACCUCUCCAGGGUGGUUGAAGCCCAUCCAUGAGCCCGAUGCUGCCUCGGACUCCCCUGCCCAGCACCAGCUCCAGCCUUGUCCAGCCAGGGGGAGCACAGAGUGCCCAUGGGGCUGUUCUGCAGCUCACCCUACCCCUCCUCAUCCUCUGCAGCUCGUGGAUGGAGUGAACACCAACACACAACCACAAACUGGAGCGGGAGGCACUGGGACAGUGUGGGAUGAAGGAGGCAGGACAAACUUUAUGGCCUGGAAGGGUGCAGGGAACACUUGAAUCCCCUACACUUCAUCCAUUACCAC